UAGUAGUUUGAGAGGGAGAAUAAAGAAUUGGCGUGGUAUUGUUUAGGGUCCAUUUUGUUUGAGUUUCAACUUCACCCCUCACCCUUCCUAAACCAUGCUUCCCUACUGCUUCUCACAUCCUUAAACGCAUGAGCGGCUCCUAGGCAUUGCUUCCCCCAUCGAAGCAUUAGGAAACGUGUAGUAACAUUUCAGUCAUUAAGUUAUGCAUCGGGUCCUAUUUGUCUAGAAAGUUGGAAAUCAAUAUACAUCAUUAGUAGCUUAUGUUAGCAAAGUGUUAUUGUGCUAUAUCUAUUAGGGCUGACUAUUUGGUCCGAGUUUUUUUAUUUUACCCGAAACCGGACCGUAUAACUCGGAUCGAGACCGGACGGUGACCGGAUAGUAAAGAAUCCAAUCCAAUUUUUGGGCUUAGAUUUGAGGUAAAAAAAUCGUUCGGGACCGGAUGGAAAACUGGAUAAAGACCGGAUAAGAGAGCUUAAUACUCAAAACUUAAGGGGAAUUUGCAUAAACGGUCACAAACCUUUGCACUUUGUACAAAACUUAACCAACUCCUCUCAUAUUCAGGCCUUAGGCCACUCAAAUCCCCACAAGUUCAAUAUUAAAUCAAGAUCGAAUUGGGACCGGACCGGAUCAAGACCAGAAUGUAUCCAAUUCAAUCUUUGGUCCUUAUAGUUUUGAAAAAACCGGACUGGCACCGGAUCAAUUUGGGCCAAUUUAACCGGACCGGACCGUAUAGCCACCCCUACUUCUGAUAGCCUGACCAAAGGACUUGGUCACUCUCUUUGUACUUUUUCUUCCUAUUUAGUAAAAUUUUAAUCAUCUUUCAUAUGCUAAGGAAGAAGAAGAAAGGUUCGGAAACGAUUAAGUUGAGGAGGCUCCUGUGUAGACAUGAAUGUGGUUAUCAUUAAUUUCGUGGUCCGCUGGGUGGUUAUAAUUAAAAUGUGGAGGCACUGUGCCUUGAAAGCUGAUGAUGGAGAGAAGACAAUGUUGUAUAAAUAUCAUUCCAUGCAUGCAAAGGGCUAUUAUAUUCAUACAAUCAAUCAAACCAAAAAUCAUCAAAUCAAAUGGCCAUCAUACCACUAGUUGCCAUUUUGCUCCUAACCCUCCUCUCCUUCGUACUCCCAUGGCGGCGUACUUCCAUAAUUAGUAGUAUCAGGAACACAAACUUCUCCUUAAUCGAAUGGCCGAUGCUGGGUGUGCUUCCGGGCCUCCUUUGGAACGUGUGGACCGAUAAUAUCCAUGGCGCAGCCGACAGAACCCUCAAAGACUACGGCGGCACGUUCCCGUUCAAAGGCCCGUGGUUCGCCAACAUGGACUUCAUCGGCACCAGCGAUCCGCUCAACGCCCACCACAUCUUCAGCAAGAGCUACGCCAAGUACAGGAAAGGCGAAGACUUCAAGGCCAUAUUCGAGUUCCUGGGAGAAGGCAUCUUCAAUGUUGAUGGCGAGGCGUGGAAGUUCCAGCGCCAGAUGCUCCAUUCCAUCCUCAAUAACGAGGAAUUGCAGAACCACAUGACGACAACCCUCAAGCUGAAGAUGGAGGGCACCUUGUUCCCACUUCUCGAUGCGAGAGUCGGAGCCGAGGUGGACAUGCAGGAGGUGGCAAAGAUGUUCAUGUUCGAUAACUUCUGCCUGUGGGUUUUGGGGUUUGAUCCAGGUUACCUUUCCGUGGACGAACGUUCAGAGACAUUCCCGUACGGGAAAGCAUUCGAAGAAAUCUUUGAGGGAAUCAUAUACCGACAUAUAGUGCCCAGAGGUGUAUGGGAGUUCCAGAAAAGGUUCGGGAUUGGUUCGGAGAAAAAGAUUAGUCAUAGUACGAAGGUGUUGGAUGAAUUCAUAUACAAUGCUAUCACGAUGAAGAAACAAGAGUUGCAAAAAGAGGAGCAGAGACAACAACACGACAUGCUAACACAAUGGAUGAUAGCUAGUCAGAAAGGAGAAAGUUCAGACAAGUCUUUACGAGAUAUGGUGUUUACAUUAAUAGCAGCCGGAAAAGACACCAUAUCUUCCACUCUCAGUUGGCUGCUCUGGUUGGUUGCGACCCACCCUGACGUCGAGAGAAAGAUUCUCGAGGAGAUCGAACGAGUAACAGCCAUGGCUUGGCGACAGGAAAGUGAUAAAGGGACAUCCAGGUUUUUGAUAAGUAAGGAUGAGUUAAAUGGGCUAGUGUACCUUCAUGCGACCAUCUACGAGACGUUGCGGUUUUACCCACCCUUGCCAUUCGAGCACAGAUGCGCCAGUGAAGCUGAUGUGCUCCCUACUGGUCAUAGAGUUAAGAAGGGUAUGAGGAUGUUGUUCAACAUAUACUCCAUGGGGAGGAUGGAAGAGAUAUGGGGUAAAGAUUGCAUGGAGUUUAAACCUCAAAGAUGGAUUUCAGAAGAAGGGAACAUAAUCCAUGUUCCGUCGCAAAAGUUUAUGGUUUUUUUGACAGGACCAAAGACUUGUUUGGGGAAGGCGAUGUCUUUCAUGCAACUCAAGUUCAUUGUUAGUGCCAUUUUGUGGAACUACAAGUUUGAUAUGGUAGAAGGUCACAUCGUGAAGCCAACACCUUCUAUUGUAUUGUCGAUGAAAGAUGGCUUGAAGAUGAGAGUUUCAAAGAGAUGUUUAGUUUCUUUGUAAUCAAUUUGUGGUCUUUGAUAAACAUAAAAUUUAAUGGGUACUUAUAGGGUGUGAGCUAAAUGCUUGUUAUUUGUGUCAUUUCUAAUAAAUAAAUAAAAUCCAAGCCUCCAUCUCUUUCUCUCACUCUAUCUUCUUACUUUUUCGUUUCUACACACAUAAUAAUUUAAUUUUUCAAAUAUGAUCUUCAACAAGAUAAGUACCAUUGUUAAUAGUUUUGAUAAUCAAUAAAUUGUACAUACAUUUUAUAAUAAAUAAACAUAAUAAGUGACAUCGUAAAACAUUAACAAAGAAUAUGCUUUUUUUUGUUUAAAUUGGAUCUAUACCCAUAUCCCUGGCCCAGUUUAGUAGCCCGUGUAGCAAUAAUGCAUGGGGUUGCCAUUCUUGACUUUGGAAGGUCGACCUUAAUUAGCACAUGCAUUUGAUCAUCAACAUCCAAAAUUUCAUCGGUUGCCCUUAAUUAGUGGUGGUGGCAUCGAUCGUCCUGUGGCUUAUGCACAGUGGUGGAUCAGGGUGGCCUAUUAAGGCUGGCUAUUUGGUCCGGUAUUUUUGGUUUCACCUGAAACUGGAUCGUAUAACUCGGAUCGAGAUUGGACCGGUACCGGAUAGCAAACAAUACAAUCCAAUUUUCGGGCUUAGAUUUGAGGUAAAAUCCCGUUUGGUACCAGCCGAAAAUCGGAUAAAUGCCGUAUAAGAGAGCCCAACACGCAAAAUUUAACCUUCUCACCAUUUCAGGUCUUGGGCCACUCAAAUCCCCACAAACUCAAUCUAAAAUCAAGACCAAAUUGGGACCGGACCGAAUUGAGACCGGACUGUAUCCAAUCCAAUGUUUGGUCCUUAUAUUCCCAAAAAAAUUGGACCGAGACCGGAUCAAUUCAGACCAAUUUAACCGGACCGGACCGUAUAGCCACCCGGGCUAGUAUAUCACUUAUAAAAUUUUUUGUUGUAAACAUUUUGCUCAAUGUUAUUUUAUAAUAAGAUUGUGUGUAAUUAGGAAAAUGGUACAUAUGAACAUAUUCAAAUCACUACUCAAAAUUUAGUCCAGAAAUUCUAGGCUCAAUGAUUUUCCAAAAAUAAAGCCAAUGAAACCUAAAAAUCUAAAAGUAGAGAGAAUAGAGACACCAUUAAGUUAGGCAGUCUCGUGGCGAAGGCAACACCACACGUACGUAGCUAGGUGAAGAUUAUAACACCACAACGUAACGCACAAGUUUGUACUGAGUUAGUUAGAGUCAUGAUGGAUAGCUUUCACCUCUUCAAUAGCUUCAUAAAUUUGGCUGGUUAAUUGGAUGCCUUGGUACACGUAUGAUUGCAACACAAGGUUUGAAUUUGUGAGAAACCUUCCACGCAAAUUCGAUCGUUUGGAUGGGUUUCUAGACUCAUGCAUUGCUUUCAAGCUUUGUUGUAUCAUAAAUAUUUUUGUUGGUUGGCCGUGGAGGACACAUACACACUUGUCAAUAUUGAUACAUGCACGUCACAGUACGUAGUACUGUACUACAUAUACAUACGACUGAUACAGUAGUUGAUAGGGGUGUCCAUUCGGGUUCGGUUUUUCGGGGUUAUCCGAAACCGACCCGAUUAUAUACAUUUUCGAUUUUUCGGGUUCGGGUUUGUUUCGGGUUUUGGGUUUUUCGGUUUUGGGUUUGGUUUUACUUAUCGGUUUUUUGGGUUCCUGCUGAAAACCUCCAAUGAAUAGAACUCGGCCUGUAUUCUUAGGCGUUUGGGUUUUCGGGUUUUGGUUUUGCUUUAACCGAACCCGAACCCGAUAAGAAAUUUUCGAGUUUCGG